UGAGCGCCAUUCGCGAUUCCAAUGGCGGAGAUUUUGCAAUGCGCGAGCUUGGGCCGGCAUUUCCAGGUAGAGCGCUCCUCUCUCGCACAGCAAUGGUGUGGAUUUCCAGCUCCUUCGUCUCGGCCGGCAUUUGGUGGCUCGUUGGGCUUGGCGAGGAGGAGGAAUGGAUUGAGCACGGUGUGCAUGGCUCAUCCCAGGAGAAUUAAAAUGGUAGCGCAGCAGAUUAGAAGGGAGGUCGGGGAGAUGCUCAUCAAAGACAAAGUUUUGAUGCAAGCCAUUCUUCCGGAAGCGGCUCUCGGUGCUGACUUGUAUCUCUCCUCCGUGACGACUAUCAGUGAUGUAGAAAUCUCGCGGGACUUGCAAGUGGCCAAGAUCUAUAUCUCCGUGUUUGGCGACGAGCGAGGCAAAGAGAUUGCGAUAGAAGGUCUCAAAUCUCGAGAGAAAUACGUGCGAAUGCAGCUCGGGAAACGCAUGAAGCUAAGGCUAACUCCCGAGGUUCGUUUCAUCGCGGACGAUUCGUUCGAGAGGGGUGCCAGGGUGAUUAAACUCCUGGAUAGACUGAAAGAGGAAGCGGAGAGAAAAGAGCGCGGCGAAACUAUCCCCGACCGCUCCGACGACGAAGACAGUGACUUUGACGACGAUGAUGAAGAGAUAAUCUUCGUGGAGUAGCAAGCAAAGCUAAGCAAGAUUCGUGCGAAUUCUUAGUGAGAUCGACGACGAAGAGAUCAUCUUCGUGGAGCAAUGAUCAAUCGACAUCGUGUCAAGCGAUUGGUUUGUUGAUUUCGUCUCUUCUACUUUGCGAUCGUGUCACGCCACUGGGGGGCUUGAUCAAAAGGAAGAAUCGAAUCGAAUUAUUUGGACAAGACCAUGGAACGUGCGUUAAGAACAACUCAUGGUCAAGUGAGUGGAAGAACAAUUUUAAAGAGCU